AUGCGAAAGAAUUACAGUGUCAAUGUCCGAUAUGAAAAGGCAUGGCGAGCGAAAGAAGUCGCACUGGGCCUAUUGAUGGGAUCGCCUAGAGAGUCGUACUCUACUUUACAUAAGUAUGGACAGGCUCUGAAGGCCGUGAAUGAAGGAACGGUUUUCCACAUGAAAUUGGAGGACGACACAUUCUUCAAGUACGCAUUCAUGGCCUUAGGAUGCUCGAUUAGGGGUUUUGGAAGUUGCAUACGACCUAUACUUGUGGUUGAUGGAGCACAUUUGAAGGGGAAGUACAAAGGAGUACUACUUACUGCAUCCUCAAUAGAUGGCAACAACCAAAUUUACCCUCUUGCAUUUGGUGUUGUCGAUAAGGAGUGUGAUGAUUCAUGGACUUGGUUUAUCGAGCGGGUUAAGAUUUGUAUAGGUGACAUAAAUGGUUUGGUUUUUAUAUUUGACCAGCAUCAAAGUAUCACGAACUCCGUGGCAACGGUGUUUCCUGAUGCAGCACACGUCACAUGUAUGCAUCAUUUAGCGAUCAAAUUGAAUGAGAAGUUUAGAAACGAGGGAAUGCAAAUAAUUUUGGCUAAAGCAGCAAAGACGUUCAAGAUAUCAAAGUUUCGAUACUAUUGGGGCCAACUAGCCGGAUUCCCAAGAGUCCAGAAAUACUUAAAAGACAUCGGAUUCRACAAGUGGGCUCGUGCAUAUCAACCUGGAAUGAGGUAUAACCAAAUGACCUCGAAUCUUGCUGAGUCCAUGAAUGCGGUACUUGUUCAUGCUCGUGCUUUGCCAAUAACAGCUCUAUUUGAAAAUUGUCGAGCUCUAUUACAACAAUGGUUUUAUGAGAGGCGGACGGCUGCCUCUAGUCGAGGAACAGUUCUUACUGAAUAUGCAGAAAUUAUUCUUAAAAAAGAGGCAGAACGAGUUCGAUAUCAUCAUGUCAGGCCAAUUGAUCGGUACCAAAUCGAAACCCUCAUACUUGGUUACGCCGAACCCGUGUACCCGCUCGGAGAUGAAAAAGAUUGGAUUUUACUGGAUGACUACGUGCCAAAGAUGAUUAAGCCACCAAAAUUUGUUCCUCGUGUUGGACGUCGCCAAACUACUAGAAUACCAUCGGCCGGGGAAGUCCGACAGGUACACAAAUGCGGGCGAUGUGGAAACGUUGGACACAACCGCAAGACGUGUAGGCAACCGCUCCGAACAGAAUGA